UUAACUCAUGUGCAAAACAGUUAUCAAAUAUAAGCACAUAAUUCUUAACGCCGUAUAUGCAAUAUAAAUCCAAUGUGCCUAAAAUAAUACGCGACUGAGAAGAAAGGAAAUAUGUACGUGUCAAGGACGAUGUGUAUCGGAAUGUAAACAAAUAAACCAGGUCAAGGGAGACCAUCGAACUAUUAUGAUACAGUUUCGAUUGGAGUUUAUAAAUUAACAUGCCUCGUCCAUGUUUCGGACAUCUUUUGCAACAUGUUAGAAAGUGUGCUUUGUGUUCAAACAACGGACACGGAAGUCGCCUUUGUCGACGACAAUACUUGGCCAAGCCCCGCUUGUAUUCAACAACAGUUGACGAGAAGGAUGUGCCCCUAAAUCGGGUCAGGGUCCUUGACCUUAGCAGGAUCCUCGCUGGCCCCUAUUGCUCAAUGCUAUUAGGGGAUUUAGGAGCGGAAGUGAUAAAAAUAGAAAAGCCGGGAGUUGGUGACGAUACACGUUCCUGGGGCCCGCCAUUCUGCGGUACGGAGAGCGCCUACUUCCUGUCCGUGAACCGGAACAAGAAGAGCAUCUGCGUAGAUUUAAAACGGCCCGAAGGUCAAGAUAUUAUUAAAGAGCUGGCAAAGAAGAGCGAUGUUCUCAUAGAGAACUUUGUCCCCGGGAAGCUAACAGACAUGGGGCUGGGGUUUGAACAGAUGAGUCGGAUUGCGCCUCAUCUCGUGUAUUGCUCAAUCACGGGUUACGGACAUGGAGGCCCGGACGCGUCAAGACCCGGUUAUGACGUUAUCGUCGCUGCCACAGCGGGAUUGACGCACAUAACGGGACCGGAAGACGGUGAGCCAUGUAAGGUGGGUGUGGCCAUGACGGAUCUGUCCACGGGGCUGUACGCGCACGGAGCCAUCCUAGCCGCGCUACUGCACCGCCGGAAAACUGGCAGAGGCCAGCACAUUGAUUGCAACCUACUGUCUACCCAGGUAGCUUCGUUAGUGAAUAUCGCCAGUAACUUCCUCAAUGCUGGUCAGGAAGCGAAGAGAUGGGGUACCGCCCACGCCAGUAUUGUCCCGUAUCAGGCGUUCAAAACUUCUGACGGGUAUGUUUUGGUGGGAGCCGGCAAUGACGGACAGUUUGUGGACCUUUGUAAGCGCGUCGGUUUGGAGGAGCUUACAUCUGUACCAGACUACAAAACAAACCAGAAGCGGGUAGAAAAUCGUGUGAAGCUAGUCGCCAUAUUUUCAGACAAGUUUAGAAGUAAAUCAACUUCAGAGUGGCUUGACACCUUGCGUGGCUCCCAUUGUCCAUACGGACCUAUUAACAAUAUGGCACAGGUCUUUUCUGAUCCUCAGGUGGUAAAUAAUGAGCUGCUACAGGAGAUGACUCACCCUACGGCCGGGACAGUGCGCGUGGCGGGUCCAGCGGUACGGUAUAGCGAGACCCCUACUGUGUUGAAACACCCCCCUCCCACCCUGGGGCAACACACGCGCGAGGUGCUGCAGUCGCUAUUGAGCCUCAGUGACGAAGAAGUGAUUGCGUUAAAGAUCGACGGUGUCGUGGCGUGAACAUCCGGCCCCGCGACUUUUUAAAGUGGAUUGUCAUAACCGCGCAUGUUUUCAUAUUGUUAAAAGCUCAACAAAUACGAGAUUUUUUAAUUGGUCAAUAGUUGAUGAAACUAUUUGAACUUAAAAGUUGAGCAUUUGUAAAAAUUGAUUACUGUAUUUUGUUUGUAUUCAUGCAUGA